CGCGGCCGCGGGUGGGCGGAGCUGGCCGGGAUGAGCUGCGGAGGGACGGAGACCCCAGUGGUUUGUGAGGCCGCCCCAGGCAGCGGCGGUGGCGGCGGCAAGAAGAAGGACUCGCUGGGGACCGCCGGCUCGCCAGCCCACCUCAUUAUCAAGGAUCUUGGAGAAAUUCAUUCAAGGCUGUUAGAUCACAGACCAGUUAUCCAAGGUGAAACCCGUUAUUUUGUGAAAGAAUUUGAAGAAAAACGUGGUCUUCGAGAAAUGCGAGUUCUUGAAAAUUUGAAGAAUAUGAUCCAUGAAACAAAUGUACAUACUCUUCCCACGUGUAGGGAAACAAUGCAAGACAACUUAAACCAAGUUCUCCAGAGAUUGCAAACAGCUACUGACUCGGUCUGUAGACUCCAACAGAGGGAACAGGAACGAAAAAAGAUGCAUAAUGACCAUUUAAUAGCUAGUGAGAAACAGCAUAUAAUGCAGUGGGAGGAUUUCAUGAAAGAACAACACAGCAAACAGGCUGAAGUAGACGAAGAGCACAGAAAAACCAUGGAGAGGCUUAAAGAACAAUACGCCGAGGUGGAGAAGGGCCUGGCAAAAUUUCCAGCCUUUGGAGAACUUGAACCAUAA